AGCACGUCUGCGGUUUAAUGAUGAGAAUUCUUGGAUGACUUCGGUUGGUGGCGAUGAGAGCUUCUGCAACGUCAGUACUGUGUGGGGAUAUAGAACGAGUGCCGGACUUGAGGCUCAGCGAUGGGCGGCGGCCGUCGAUGGUUGUCAUUGACGAGGUUCUCUUCUGGCUCCAGGAUCUUUGAGAUGAGACACUGAUUUGGGGGUUUCUUGGUAUCUCUGGGAGUCUUCUGAACCAUAUGUCCUGCCAGAAUCCAGGCCAACCUAAAUUCAUGGAGGACCACUAAGCUUUAAUCGCCUUAAGAGAAAAAGGGCUGAAAACCCUGUGACUAUGCCAAGUAAUAAAACUUCAUCCCAGAAACCUACAAUCCUUGUUCCAGAGGAUUAUGGGAGCUCAUGUGAGGGAUCUGUGUCCUUAAGGGAUGUGACUAUAGAUUUCAGCAGAGAGGAAUGGCAGCACCUAGAGCCUGCUCAGAGGAACCUCUACCGGGAUGUGAUGCAGGAGACCUACAGCCACCUGCUUUCCGUGGGGUACCAAGUUCCUGAGCCAGAGGUUUUCAUGGUGGACCAAAGAAAGGAGCCGAGGGCAUUGCAGGGUGAGAGCCCACAUCAGAGUUGCCCAGAAUUGCAGCAGAGUGGUGACCAGACAGACAGCUGCCAGCAAAUGGAAAAUAAAACAUUAAGAGACAUUGUUUUAAUCAAGAACAUACCAUCUACAAAGUGUUAUUAUGAAGAUAAGGAUAUUAGAAAAGUAAUUCCACUUAGCCCAAAUGGUGGUAUUCCUCCUCCCCAAAGACCCCACCAGCAAGAUUCAUUUGGGAAUGACCUGAAACAUAUUCUAGACUGUCAAAGUUAUAAUAGAAAUAAUGCAUCAAAGAGCACUAAAAAGAUGGAUGGACAUGGUAAAAUAUCUUCCUUUACUAUGUAUGAGUGUCCUAUAACAAGAGAAAGACUAUGGGACCAUAAUCAAUGUAGGAAAGUCCUCAGUUAUAAACAAGUACCCAGUCAAUAUCAGAAAAUUCAUACGGUGGAGAAAUCCUUUGAUUAUGCCGAAUUUGGAAAGAUCUUCACCCACAAGUCACAGCUCAAUGUACAUAUAAAAGCCAAUAUAGGAGAAAAACUCUAUGUAUGUAUUGAAUGUGGGAAGGCGUUUGUCCAAAAGCUAGAAUUCAUUACACAUCAAAAGAACCAUACUAGAGAGAAGCCCUAUAAAUGCAAUAAUUGUGGAAAGUCUUUUUUCCAAGUAUCUUCUCUUUUCAGACAUCAGAGAAUUCACACUGGAGAAAAACUCUAUGAAUGCAGGGAGUGUGGGAAAGGCUUCUCUUAUCACUCCGAUCUCAGUAUACAUCAGAAAAUUCAUACUGGAGAGAGACACCAUGUAUGCAGCGACUGUGGCAAGGCAUUCACACAAAAGUCCACACUCAAGAUGCACCAGAAGAUCCACACGGGUGAGAGAUCCUACAUAUGUAUUGAAUGUGGACAGGCCUUCAUCCAGAAGACACACUUGGUUGCACACCGGAGAAUUCAUACUGGAGAAAAGCCAUACCAAUGUAGUCACUGUGGGAAAGCCUUCGUUUCCAAGUCACAGCUCCAGGUACAUCAACGGAUUCACACAAGGGGGAAACCUUAUAUAUGCACGGAAUAUGGGAAGGUCCUCAACAAUACUUCAAACCUCACUCCACCGAAGAAAGUUCCAAUGAGAGAGAAGUCUUCCAUCUGUACUGACUGUGGGAAGGCCUUUACCUACAGGUCUGAGUUAAUUAUUCAUCAGAGAAUUCACACUGGAGAAAAACCUUAUGCAUGUGGUGAGUGUGGAAAGGCCUUCACUCAGAAGUCAGCACUCACAGUGCAUCAGAGGAUACACACAGGAGAAAAAUCCUAUGUGUGCAUGAAGUGUGGGUUAGCCUUCAUCCAGAAGGCACAUUUGAUUGCACAUCAGGUAAUUCAUACUGGACAGAAACCUUAUAACUGUGGCCAGUGUGGGAAAUUCUUUACUUCCAGGUCACAGCUGCAUGUGCAUAAACGAAUUCAUACAGGAGAAAAACCCUAUAUAUGUAAUAUGUGUGGGAAGGCAUUUACCAACAGGUCAAAUCUCAUCACUCACCAGAAAACUCACACAGGAGAAAAGUCCUAUAUAUGUUCUAAAUGUGGAAAAGCCUUCACUCAGAGGUCAGAUUUGAUUACACAUCAGAGAAUUCAUACCGGAGAGAAACCAUAUAUAUGCAAUACCUGUGGGAAAGCCUUCACCCAGAAAUCACACCUCAAUAUACACCAGAAAAUUCAUACUGGAGAGAGACAAUAUGAAUGCCGUGAAUGUGGGAAAGCCUUCAACCAGAAAUCAAUACUCAUUGUGCAUCAGAAAAUCCACACAGGAGAGAAACCUUACGUAUGCACAGAAUGUGGGAGAGCUUUCAUCCGCAAGUCAAACUUCAUUACCCAUCAAAGAAUCCAUACUGGAGAGAAACCCUACGAAUGCAGUAACUGUGGGAAAUCCUUUACCUCCAAGUCUCAGCUCUUAGUACAUCAGCCAGUUCACACAGGUGAGAAGCCCUAUGUGUGUACUGAGUGUGGGAAGGCCUUUAGUGGCAGGUCAAACCUCAGUAAGCACCAAAAAAUCCAUACUGGAGAGAAGCCUUACAUCUGUUCUGAGUGUGGGAAGACGUUCAAACAGAAGUCAGAGUUGAUUACACAUCACAGAAUUCACACUGGCGAGAAACCUUAUGAAUGCACUGACUGCAGGAAAUCUUUCACCAAGAAAUCCCAGCUCCAAGUGCAUCAGCGAAUUCACACAGGGGAGAAGCCUUAUGUGUGUGCUGAGUGUGGGAAGGCCUUUACUGACAGGUCAAAUUUAAAUAAACAUCAAACCAAACACACCAGAGAUAAGCCAUAUAAGUGUGCAGUCUGCGGGAAAGGCUUUGUUCAGAAAUCAGUGCUCAGAGCCUCUCACCGUAUUCACACUGGUGAGAAACCCUAUGAGUGUAAGCAGUGUGGGAAAGCCUUCAGUCGCGAUUCUCAGCUCAAUCUUCAUCAGAGGCUUCACACUGGUGAAAAACCUUAUGCAUGCAAGGAGUGUGGAAAGGCCUUUACUCAAAGCUCACAACUUAUUUUACAUCACAGAAUUCAUACUGGUGAAAAACCAUAUAAAUGUGAAGAAUGUGGAAAAGCUUUUAUUCGUAGCUCACAGCUCACACGACAUCAGAAAGUCCAUACUGGUGAGAAGCCUUACGAAUGUAAAGAAUGCGGUAAAGCCUUUACUCAGAACUCACAACUUACUCUGCACCAGAGACUUCAUACUGGUGAGAAGCUCUAUGAAUGUAAGGAAUGCCAAAAGGUGUUCACUCAGCUUUCACAACUUAUUCUGCACAGAAGAAUUCAUACCGGUGAGAAACCCUAUGAAUGCAAGGAGUGUGGGAAGGCUUUUAUUUGUGGUUCUCAGCUUUCCCAACAUCAGAAAAUUCAUAAUGGGGAAAAGCCAUAUGAAUGUAAGGAAUGUGGAAAAGCAUUUAUUAGGGGCUCCCUCCUUAUGCAACAUCAACGGAUUCAUACCGGCGAAAAACCAUACAAGUGUGAAGAAUGUGGGAAGGCCUUUAUCCGUGGCUCACAACUUACUCAACAUCAGCGAAUCCAUACCAAUGAAAAGCCCUAUGAAUGUAAGGAAUGUGGAAAGACCUUUAGCCAUGGCUCACAGCUUACUCAACAUCAAAGAAUUCAUACUGGUGAGAAACCUUAUCAGUGUAAGGAAUGUGGAAAAGCCUUUAACCGGGGCUCACUUCUUACUCGCCAUCAGAGGACUCAUACAGGUGAGAAACCUUAUGAAUGUAAAGAGUGUGGGAAAAACUUUAGUCGUGGUUCUGAACUUACCCAACAUGAGCGGAUUCACACUGGUGAGAAACCCUAUGAAUGUAAGGAAUGCGGGAAGUCUUUUAUUCGUGGCUCACAACUUACUCAACAUCAGCGAAUCCAUACUGGUGAAAAACCUUAUGAAUGUAAAGAAUGCAGAAUGGCCUUUACUCAGAGUUCCCAUCUUUCUCAACAUCAGAGACUUCAUACUGGUGAAAAACCCUAUGUGUGUAAUGAGUGUGGCAAGGCCUUUGCUCGUGGCUUACUGCUUAUCCAACAUCAGAGAAUUCAUACUGGUGAGAAACCCUAUCAGUGUAAGGAAUGUGGGAAGGCUUUUAUUCGUGGUUCACAGCUUACUCAGCAUCAUCGAAUUCACACUGGAGAAAAGCCCUAUGAAUGCAAAGAAUGUGGGAAGGCCUUUAGUCAUGGCUCUCAACUUACCCUGCAUCAACGAAUCCAUACUGGUGAGAAGCCCUAUGAAUGUAAAGAAUGUAGCAAGGCCUUUACGCAGAGCUCACAUCUUUCUCGACAUCAGCGAGUUCAUACUGGUGAGAAACCAUAUCAAUGUAAGGAAUGUGGUAAGGCCUUUACCCGGGGUUCACAACUAACUCAACAUAAGAGAAUUCAUAUCCGUGAGAAAUCUUUUGACUGUAAGGAAUGUGGAAUAGACAUCAGUCAUGGUUCACAAGUUUUUAUAUGAAUUAUUUGGUCCUUUGUGAUAAACAUGGAGUGCUAUCUCUAGUCAUCCAUUAUCAGUAAAGAAUUUCAAAUAUGAAUGUGAUCUAUAUUUGUUUUAUAAAGCUUAGAAUCAGAGAAUUGAGAUGGGAGAAUGGAAUUGUUCAUGUAAUCCAUACAAGAAAACCUUUCAUUAUGGGAAACCU